UUCUACGAUAGUGACACCGGUGAUAAUGGUACCAGCUGAUCUUUGACUCUAGUUCUGGCUGUUAUGUUCAAAGGGAAAGGUGGGGUGUAUGAUGGUCGUGAUUUGUCGUGAAACGAUAUAACGAUUUCAAGAAAUUCCACUUGAGAAAAUAUAAGACGACAUGAAUAGCCUAAUUUAUACAAAGACGAUGAUAACCGGCCAUCCUGGUGGAGUUAUACGACGUUACUCCCCAUUUAAAUUAUGGUACAAUACCAAUCAUACAAUGGGUGGUAUAGCUCUAAUUUAUACAGAUUUGAGAGAUCCAAAAAAAUUAUUGCUGAAACAUAGCAGCACAGUGCCACCAACAUAUAUUAAUAAUAUAACACAUCUACAUAUUCGUACAUUUUAUGUAACUCCUUAUUGGAAGGGACAAGAAUCAUCAUCUAAGGUUGAAAAAACAGUAAAGAAUAUUAAGGAAGAAAAAGAGCUUAAAGAUAAAAUGGCAGAAAAUGCCAUAAAAAUAAACAGUGAGCAACCGAAAAAAGCUGUUGCUAAGGUCACAAUAUGGCAAAAAAUUAAGGGAGAAAUAUUGCAUUAUUAUCAUGGAUUUCGCUUAUUAGGACUUGACAUGAAAAUUUCAGCAAAGUUAAUAUGGAGAAUUUUACAUGGAAAAGAGCUUAGUAGAAGGGAACAUCGUUUGCUGAUCAAAACAACUGGAGAUAUGUUCAGAUUGAUUCCUUUCUCCGUUUUUAUUAUUGUUCCAUUUAUGGAAUUUUUACUGCCAGUAGCAAUUAAAUUGUUUCCCAGUAUGUUACCUUCUACUUUUCAAACAGCAACUGAAAAGGAAGAUAAACUUAAACAGGCUUUAAAGGUCAAGAUAGAAAUGGCAAAAUUUUUGCAAAAAACAUUGGAUGAAAUGGCAGUGCAAUCAUCAGAUCACAGAUCUGAGAAGGCUAAAGAAUUUGCAGAAUUUUUCUACAAAGUGCGAACAACUGGUGCUGUUGCCACUAAUGAAGAAAUUAUGAAGUUUAGCAAACUUUUCGAGGAUGAAAUUACGCUGGAUUCUCUGUCACGACCACAAUUAAUUGCUUUAUGUCGUGUGUUAGAUGUGCAAACACUUGGAACUACUAAUUUCUUACGAUUCUUACUCAGGAUGAGAUUAAGAAGUCUUACUGCAGAUGAUAAACUAAUCGAAAAAGAAGGAGUUGAUACUUUAACUAGAGCUGAAUUGCAACAAGCAUGCAGAGCACGUGGUAUGCGUGCUUAUGGGUUGCCAGAGAAUAGGUUAAGGGAACAAUUAUCAAUGUGGUUAGAUUUGAGUUUAAAUAAAAAGGUUUCACCCUCUUUACUGUUAUUAUCACGAGCGCUUAUGAUACCAGAAACAAUGCCUAUGUCAGACAAAUUAAAAGCAACGAUUUCGGCCUUACCUGAUGCAGUUGUGGCUCGUACAAAGGGUGCUAUUGGAGAGAAAGAGGGUAAACUGGAUCAUAGAACAAAUAUUGAAAUUAUAAAAAUGGAAGAACGCAAAAUCGAAGAGGAGAGAAAUGAAAAGAAAGAAACAGAACCACAACCAACCAUUUUGGCAUCUAAUGUAAAAGAAGAUGAAAUUACUACUACAGAUGUCAAAGUUUUAGAACAAGCUCUGGAUUCAAUUGGCAAGGACAAUAAAAAUAUGGCUGUGGAAAAAGAGGAAAUCAAAGAACUUAAAGAAGAAAUGGCAGAAUAUCAAGAAGAUAUUAAAGAAUUGUAUCAAAUUAAAGCAGAGGCGAAAGGUCAAGAAGAUAUAGAGAAUAUUAAAGUAUCAAAAGGAGCUAAACGAUUAUUUAAUAAAGUAAACAAAAUGAUCUCAAAAAUGGAUGCCAUUUUGUCAGAGCUUGAACAAUCUGAGAAAAAGGUUAAACAGAGAUUGGAGUCAUUAGGUCCCGACGAAAAACGGGAUGCUAAAGAUGUCGAAGAAUUAGUUAAAAUAGAUGAGUUGGUUGCAACCAUUAAGCAAAUUCAAAAUGUACCUGAUGAAUAUCGAUUAAAACGCAUAGCAGAAAUUUUGGAAAAAAUUGAUGAUGAUCGAGAUGGUGCAAUCAAAAUAGAAGAUGUCUUGAAGGUUAUAGAAUUAAUAGGAAAGGAAGAUGUUAAAUUAAGUAAAAAGCAAGUGGCUGAAUUGAUAGAACUAAUGGAUAAAGAAGAAGUAUUAGAAGUAGAGGAACAAAUACAAAAGUCAUUAGAAAAAGAUCUUAAGGCAUCGCAGGAACAGGAUAACAUAAAAGCUACACAUAAAUCUACAGUUCCAGCUACACCAGUAACAGUUGAACCAGGAUUUGGAAAGGAAGAGCUAGUAGAUGAUGCUGAUAAAGAAAAAGAUCUUAAGGCAUCGCAGGGGCAGGAUAACAUAAAAGCUACACAUAAAUCUACAGUUCCAGCUACACCAAUAACAGUUGAACCAGGAUUUGGAAAGGAAGAGCUAGUAGAUGAUGCUGAUAAAGAAACCAGCAAAUCCUACCCAGGUCCUUCUAUUGAGGAAGGCAAACAGAAAUCAGCUGCUGUUUUAAAAAGUAAUACUAAAUCUGACGAGAUAAAAAAUCCUCCACUUACAUCAGGUCCACCAACAGCAAAAAAGGCGGAAGGUUUAAAACACCUAUGAUUAGCGCACAAUGAAGAAUAAAUUAGUAUGUAUAAUUAUAUUAAAGCAAUAUUUUUAUCGAUGUAAAGCUCGAUAUGUAUUUUCGUCUGUGUAUAUUCCGCACAUAUUUUCAUCUUUGUGUAUGAAAAGAUGUUCGACAUUUUUCAACAAAUAGAAUGUAUAAUGAAAGAGAAAUGUUUUAUACUUAUACAAGAAAAAGAUGAUUUCAUCAAUAUAAUUAAUCAUUAUUUUAUUGGUAUGAUGUACAUUAAAUACAUAUGUGGAUAUACGUUGCACAUUUGCUGUAUGAAAUAUUUGAUUUAUAUUUAAUUAAUCUUAAUUUCAUACUUCAUUAUAAGCAGUCAUAAAAACUUGAAAUUCCUCAUUACAAACUGUGCAUUUAACAGCAUCAUUUAUAUUGUUUCCCUUCAUCUGCGGUGAUAAAUUUAUAUUCAUAAUAAACGUCAUUAAAUGUUUAUUCUGAAAUUCAUUGUCAAUGUUACUUGUUUUAAUCGUAUAUUAUAUAUUACUCUUAACAUUGACAAUAAAUUAUGGAAUAGAGAUGUGAAAAAGAAAUAUUCAAUUUUUAUUGCAGUGCAGUUCAAUUUCAGUAUAGACCAAGGUGAUAAUCAUUCUAUCUGUCUUAAUAUUGUUGGUAUAUCAUUUAUGAUAUGCCAUUUUGAAUAUAUCAUAAUUAAAAACAACUUUACUUUGCACAUGGAUUAUCUUGCAAUCUCAAUAUUGAGUUGUGUAAAAUAAGAUAAAUAUGUGUGUAAAUUUAUAAUUUAUUUUGUCAUUUAUAAAACACACAGCAAAACAAAAUUCUACUUAUUCUAUUGUUACAAAAAGGGACAAUGUAAAAAUAGAUUGUACACUAUACAUAGAGAAUUAAAUUUGCAAAAUUUUCUCAAAAAAACAUUUCUAUGUGACAAAAUGUUACAUCGAUUUUUGGGCGCUAUAUGUAUAUAAGAAAAUAGAAAAUAUUGAUUGUACAUUUGCAUUAUAUUGCAUCUAUAAUAUAUAUUAACUGGACAAAUACCUAAGUAUCUAAGAUGUAUUAUAGAUAUAAAUUUCAGCAAGAACAUUCAAAAUGACCUAUCUUUUUACUUCUGCGCAUGAAAGUCCAAAUGUAUAUGUAAUAAGCAAAAACAUGUAUUAUUUUUUUAAAUUUUUAUAGGAUACUAUUUCAAAACAAAAAUAAAAUUGUAAAUUUAAGUGUCCUAAAAAGCAAAGAAUUUUUAUAAAAUGUAUGCAUGUUUCUA